UAUUCCCUACCAACAUGGCGGACAGCGCCGAGUCGCGCGUGGAGGAGACGGCAGCGGGAGACGGGCAGCUCGAGCAGGCGGAACGUCUCAAGGCCAAGGCUAACGACUACUUCAACGUGAAGGACUACGACAACGCCAUCAAGUUUUACACGGACGCCAUCGCACUGUGCGCCGACAACGCCAUCUACUAUGGCAAUCGUAGCCUGUCGUACCUGCGCACCGAGUGCUACGGCUAUGCGCUCGCAGACGCGACGCGCGCUCUUGAGCUUGACAAGGCGUACAUCAAGGGCUACUACCGGCGCGCCACCGCCAAAAUGGCACUGGGCAAGUUCAAGGAGGCGCUCAAGGACUACGAGACGGUGGUGAAAGUAAGACCCAACGACAAGGACGCCAAGCUCAAGUACCAGGAGUGCAGCAAGAUCGUGAAGCGCAAGGCGUUUGAGCGCGCCAUCGCGAGCGACGACAGCAAAAAGUCUGUGGCCGAUGCCUUGGACCUGGAUAGCAUGGCCAUUGAGGAUGACUACACCGGACCGAAGGUGGAUAAUGGCCAAGUGACGGUCACGUUCAUGAAGGAGCUCAUUGAAUGGUUCAAGGAUCAGAAAAAACUGCACAGGAAAUAUGCCUAUCAGAUCCUCCUCCAGGUCAAGAAAAGUCUUCAGAAGUUACCCAGUCUGGUGGAGGUGACAAUCAAAGAUGGUGACAUGAUUACCGUCUGUGGAGAUAUUCAUGGUCAAUAUUUUGACCUACUACACAUUUUUGAGCUCAAUGGGCUCCCAUCUGAAACAAAUCCUUACGUAUUCAAUGGCGAUUUCGUCGACAGAGGCUCCUGGUCGGUGGAAGUUAUACUCGUCCUGUUCGGAUUCAAGCUUCUCUACCCAGACCACUUCCAUUUAAUGCGAGGUAAUCAUGAGACGGACAACAUGAACCAGAUGUACGGCUUCGAAGGGGAGGUGAAGGCCAAGUACACAGCUCAGAUGUUCGACUUCUUCAGUGAAGUGUUCCAGUGGCUUCCCCUCGCCAUGUGCAUCAACAGCAGAGUGCUGAUAAUGCACGGUGGCCUGUUCAGCGAGGACGGAGUCACGCUGGACGACAUCCGCAAGAUCGAUCGGAACCGCCAGCCGCCAGACUCGGGUCCCAUGUGUGACUUGCUGUGGUCAGACCCACAACCACAGCCUGGCCGUUCGGUGAGUAAGCGUGGCGUUAGCUGCCAGUUUGGGCCGGACGUGAGCCGGGCCUUCAUGGAGCAGAACAACCUCGAGUUGAUCAUCCGCAGCCACGAGGUGAAGCCGGAAGGCUACGAGGUGGCCCACGACGGCCGCUGCGUCACCGUCUUCUCUGCACCCAACUACUGUGACCAGAUGGGCAACAAAGGCUCCUACAUUCAUCUGAUGGCUCCCGCAUUAAAACCGGAGUUCCAUGAAUUUGCGGCCGUUCCUCACCCGAAUGUGAAGCCCAUGGCCUAUGCCAACGCACUCAUGCGCAUGGGGAUUAUGUGAGCUCUGCAAUGCAAAGGGAGGGUCCUGCAAAGACUCGCCACCGCGUUGUUGAGCGGUGGAUGGGUUUGUGCAGGCAUGGACAACAAUGAAACGCAAGGAGGGAAGAAAAAAAGGCUCUCCUCCCUCCCACCUUCACCAACUUUCCCCGAACCACGCAUUCCCGUGAAACAAGACGACCCCACGCAGCCCACCAAACUCCUACCUCUAGCAGGCUGCCUCAAGCUCCUUCUCAAACCGCUCUUAUGGAAAAGCAACGUUCAUUAUUUAUUCUCUCACCUGUGCUUUUUACAGCAACAAAAAUACUCACUCAAAUUUUUUUAUGUCAAGCCAAGAAUUAAUCUUCAAAGAUCUUACCAUGAAACAUCUCUGACUCUCCCAAAGUUUUGCAGUUUAUAUGAACCAACAGGUUUGUUAAAUCCUCUCAAUUUUGAUCAGUACCCAGUGAGUUUAUUAUUAAAUAGCUGUGAAACAGGGAUUCCUCUGUCAUAUGUAUGUUUAAACUCGGUAAGCCCUGAUUGUUUGUUCCUUGCGAUAGUUAAAGUUGGAAUAAGGAGAGGAUAGCGUCCUGCCCUUCACUCUCCAAAUAAGAACAUAUCUUGCCCCUUGGUGUGCAUGUAAGAUCUAUGACAAAAAUUAAAAUCUUAUUUCACGUACCAUGUUCAUGCUUACCAACGAAAACUUGCAGAAUGUUACAGUUUGCGCCUCCUUCCAGUGCAGAUGUAUGUCUUUACAAAGGCAGUAAAACACAUUUACAACCCGUACUAAUUCGCAUGAGCAUGCUACUGUACGCGAAUGUCUUGGACAAAAAUCCCAGAGUUAUCGCAAGGAACAUCCCGCUGUGUGCGUACCUAGUAAAACUCUGCCAUUUGGGAAAAAAAAUAACACCUGAUAUUUUGCUGAAUGCAUCGUAUCACAAGUGUGCAAUCAGCAUUCAUGAACCAGAGUUCUACACGUUGCAUACCUGAACCCCUCACAGCCAUGGAGCUACCGGUCUUGUCGUAGACUUCUGACAGAUAUCCCUUGAGAAGGGCUUCUUUCGCACAAAUGCUAGUCUGAGCCGUCUUUAUUUUCGCACAAAUAAGAUUUAUUCUGCACAGUUCUGCCAAAAUAAACCCUCGGAACUGGGGUGUGCUGACUUAAAAUGCUUAUCUUUUCAUUGUUCAAAUAUCAGUUGUAAAGCUGGGAUGAUCAAACGUUGCCAUUGUCAACUUGCUUUAUUUUUUUUUAAGGUUUCUACUCAAUUCAAACCCAAUGAUUUGA